AUGGCUUUUCUGCACGUCGUGGAACUGCUGCUGGCUUGCCAGCUGAGCAGAGCAGAGCAGUUUGCAUUGAACCCCAUUGAUGGCAAAGCUUAUCAACACCAUCCUGUUCUGCUGCAGGUGCCGCUACAAUCCUAUCCGUUGGAGCCUGGGGUCCUUACAGAACUCAACGGGCUCAAAGUCCCGGCACACUUUGACUGUGAGAGCCGCUGCAACGCGAGCCAGUGGAGCUCCACGGGUCCCAGGAGUCAUGGCUGCCCAUUCGGCAACUACCGCUACUACCUUGACCUGCCGAGUCGCUGGCAUGCCUGUCACAUGCACGAGGCUUUCCUGAGGUCGAAGUUUACGCACGUUCAGCCGCAGCUGCCGUUGAUCGACGAGGAAUACUUUGAGCUGGUGGCCGUGUACCAGUCAGUGCUCCGUGCUCGUAGAUCCUUCCAUGCCAUGGAACUUGGAGCCCGAUGGGGGACCUGGGGUUUCCGAAGCAUCGCACUGCUGCGUUUGCUAAACCCUAUGCCAUACCAGCUUUUCCUGGUGGAAUCACACAGGGUGCACUGCGCGGGUAUCCACAUGGUGGCAAAGCUCAAUGGCAUGGAUGCCACAAUAAAAUGCACGCUGGCAGACGCAGAUCUUUUUUUGGACAUGAUGUCGAGAUUGCAGCACUUGGACUUACUGCACAUUGAUAUCCAGAGAGAGGAGUUGCAGCUCUUGUCCGAUUCUAGGGUAAGAGCAGUGCUGACCAAGAAGGUGUAUCGGAUUAUCCUUGGCACCCAUGGGGAGGACAUCGAUUUUUUUGCGCAGGCAAUUUUCGAAAAUUGGAUCACCGUCUUCGCUCUGCCUCAUGGUUUCUUGCGCUGCAUGCAGGAUGUAGGGUUUGUCCCACGCCUACUGGAGGACAAUGUGCAGCCGCUCCCGCUGCCGGCUGCCACUGUAUGGAGCCUCCUGCAACAACGCGGCUGCUUCCACACUACGCACCAAGGGAGGGUUGCCAACAUGGACGGCAGCAUCAUCGUGGACAAUCCGCGUUUCGUCAAUGCCUCCAGAGCAUUCUACAUGAAGGACAUGGUGCUUCAGACCGACGACUUAAUGAAGUAG